AGUGAUUCUUCAGAGCAGCUAGUUUGCUAACUUAGCAGCCUGAACAACAACAAAAAAAAACCAACAAAGCGGAACUACCACAGAGCCGCGGAGGGACAGCUGAAUAUGGCAGAGCAUGAACCGCAGCAAGGAGAGCAGGACCUUGAGAAAAAAAUAGUGGAGAUCAGGCAGAGAUUCAAGAAUGAAUUGCUCAAAGACUCAACAGAUAACUAUGACUCCAGGGAUGUGGAGAGGAUUGAGCAGGAGGAUGCUCUGGUGGAAGCCUACCUCACAUGGAGAUUGUAUGUUGUUGAUGACACCUUGAAGAUGAUAGAUGAAAGUCUACUGUGGAGAAGAGAGUUUGGGAUAAAUGACUUGAGCGAGAGCACCAUUCCCAGGUGGAUGUUUGAGAGCGGUGCCGUCUUCCUCCAUGGCUACGACAGAGAAGGCAACAAACUCUUCUGGUUUAAGGUGAAGCUGCACAUCAAGGAUGCAAAAACAAUAGUGGACAAGAAGAAGUACGUCGCCUUCUGGCUGGAGCGGUAUGCAAAGAAGGAGCCCGGGAUGCCUCUCACCGUUGUGUUUGAUAUGACGGAGUCUGGCUUUGGCAAUGUUGACAUGGACUUUGUAAAGUAUAUCGUCAAUUGCUUCAAAGUAUACUACCCAAAGUUUUUAUCUAAAAUGAUCAUAGUGGAAAUGCCUUGGAUCAUGAACGCUGCAUGGAAGAUUGUGAGGUCCUGGUUGGGUCCAGAAGCCAUCGCAAAGCUGAAGUUUGCAACCAAAGCUGAGGUUCACACAUAUAUUGGUGAAGAGUACCUGCCGCCUCACCUGGGUGGAUCGGACCACUUCAAGUACACAUACCCGCCUCUUCCAGACGAUGACUUCCAAACCCCGCUGUCUGAGAACGGGCCAUUGGCCAGCGAUGAUGACGCUGAGAGCAAAGAGGGUGAAAUGGAGAGCAGAGACACCCUGGAGUCCAGCUUCAACUCCGAGAUCGUGGCAAAGCCUAAAAAGGUGAAUUUUCUAGAAGAAAGCUUGAGGUCAGAGGAUGGUGAAAGAGACACAAACGUGAGAGUGAAAGGAGUCAGGAAGCCACUCACCACCUUCAAAGGUCUUCUGCUAGAUGUUAGUCCUUCUGAGGAGCUCAGCUUUGGUUCCGGUGAGAACGAGAAGAAAUGCCUUAUUAUUCUGAGCAACGUCACCAAAAAUCAGGUGGCUUUUAAGGUUCGUACCACGGCGCCCGAGAAGUACCGAGUGAAGCCCAGCAGCAGCAGCUGUGAACCAGGGGCCUCGGUGGACAUAGUGGUGUCCUUGCAUGGAGGUUCCCUGGCUUCUCCACAAGACAGAUUUUUGAUCAUGGCUGCAGAAAUGGAAAACGCUGGAUCACAGGAACUCACUCAGUUCUGGAAGGAAGUCCAAAAAAACAAGAUCAUGGAGCACCGAUUGCGUUGUCAUGUUCCGGACAGUGUUAAGUUAGCAGCCGUCCCUCAUAGGGACAGCCUGGGGGAGCCAUCGACCAAUGGGCAGCAGGAGUUGAGCACAGCGCUUAUGCGAGUGAUGGCCUGCAACUCUCGACUGGAGCAGAAAAUGAACUCAUGUCUGUGGGUGCAGAAGGUUCUCACUGGGCUGGUGCUGGUCCUGCUAGCGCUGAACCUGCUGUGUCUCUACCUGCUGGGUACGGCUCAGCGUCCGAGCUGACCUGCCUGCCGGCCCCUCCACCUGCGUCUGUCAGCCCUCCAGGAGGCGCUGACGGCUCCAGCCGGGCCACAGUUGACCACUCGAUGGGACGCUGGUCCUCUGCUCCACCCGCCCAGGUCCCACUGGCUGCCGUCCUGAAGAGUAGCAGAGCUGACUAUCCAGACAUGUCGGUCCACGUGGAGCUAAGAGAUUGUUCUGCUGCCUACUAGGUUAAUGUAACGGAUUGAUAGGUUCUGUUGUGGCUGAUCGUGAAAACAUAAUUUAAAUUAAUAACAUUUAUUAGAAUUUGUUGGAAAGAUUAGUCAUAUUAAGGUUUAUGUAGAGCUUUUUUUUUUUUUUUAUAACCUGUGAAUCUACAAAAAAUUUAUUUAAACCAACACAUUAUAAAAUAAACUCUUUUUAUUCAA